AUGACGAGGCGCUUACAACCUUUAUUCAAUAUUCAAAGACAGCUAAUACUAUCUCAUUCAUGGCCUCUAUUUGCCACUGCGCCGCAUCUGACCGGUUUCCCAAGCCUUGGGAGAAACAUUGCUACUACUCAUUUGAGAAUGGACUCUAUCGCUCCCGACGCAUCUCCCCCAAAAUAUGCUCCAGUUGAAUAUAUGCCACUUGAGGAUAUAGAAAGGCCUGAGCGUUAUUGCCCUGGAGGAUAUCACCCCGUGAAUAUUGGGGACCGUCUUACGGACCGGUACGAUGUCGUCCAUAAGCUUGGCUUUGGGACGUACUCGACCACUUGGUUGGCAAGAGAUAAGAAUACAAAAAAGUACGUAGCUAUCAAGAUUGCCAUCGCCGAAGCAGAUGUGCCGGAGAGUGACAUCCUCGACACCCUUGCGCUUUCGGAACCCAGCAACAAGGGCGGAUAUUCUCGAAAGGCCUUGAUCCCUCGAAUAUUGGAUACGUUUUCCCUCGAGGGGCCUAACGGGAGGCACAGAUGUCUGGUUACGGAGCCUGGGAUGAUGACCCUGGAGGAGGCAAAGGACGCGUCCUCUUCCAGACUGUUCGAAAUGCCUGUGGCCAGGGCCAUUGCGGCCCAAGUCAUACAAGCUGUCGCUUUUCUCCAUCACCGAGGAGUAGUUCAUGCUGACCUCCAUGCAGGAAACAUCAUGUUUCGUUUGCCGAACAGCAUAGACGAGCUUUCCCUCGAAGAAUUAUAUCAAAAAUACGGCCAGCCUAAUGUCGAGCCAUUCGAGCGCCUUGAUGGCAAUGCACUUCCCAACGGGGUUCCUACCCACGGGGUUGUGCCCAUUUGGCUAGGGAAAGGAAGCGAACUUGUGACCAUCUCUGAAGCUGAAGUUUUUGUCACCGACCUUGGAGAGGCAUUUCGGCCAUCGGUUACUCCACGUCACUAUUCUAAUACGCCCGGUGUCCUUGCUCCCCCGGAGACCUACUUUUUGCAGCAUGAACCUUUGUCAUUUCCCUCCGACGUCUGGACUCUUGCAUGUACUCUCUGGUAUAUCAUCGGACAGAAGCCUCUGUUUGAGGGGUUCAAUCCGUCCAGCGACUGGAUGAUCAAAGAGCAUGUGGAUGCCAUGGGUAAGCUGCCGUGCGACUGGUGGCAGAAAUGGGAUGCGCGAAAGAGAUGGUUUACAGAGGAGGCGAAGAGAACGGCUGAAGGAGCAGGCAGAUCAUUAGAGAACCGCUUCGUUAGUUCUAUACAAAAACCGCGGCGGGGAAGCGCAAUGGAAGAGGUUGGAGACGCUGAGAAGAGUGCCCUGUUGACCAUGUUCAGGGGGAUGCUGGCAUUUAGGCCGAAUGAAAGACUCACUGCUACAGAAAUCCUCGAGUCUGAAUGGAUGGUGAGAUGGGCUCUGCCAGCGCCCGAAAAAGUAGCCGCAUAG